AUGCUAGAAGAACAAGAACAAUUGCUAAUUAAUCCUAGAAUCUUUAAUGAUAUUACAAAUGUAUCAAAUAAUUCAAAUAAUAAAAAAACAAGUCAAAUUUUACCAAUAAAUAUAAAUUAUCAAUUUAAUGAGGAUAAAAUUUAUUGUAAAGAUAAUUUAGAGAUAUUGAAGAAAAGACAAGAUAAAAUUUUAUUACCAAGAGUAUUUCAACAUCAUAGUUUACCAAAUUGGUUAAUUAAAAGGUAUAAAGAAAUUAAUAAUAAUUGUGAAUUUUUUAUUAAUAAAGAAAAAAAUAAUGAAUCCCCCUGUAAUAGUUUAAGACAAGAAAAUAUUCAAGAGGAAGAAUGGAUUCAAUUUAAAUAUUUUAGAAAGAUAAAUUCAAUUAAUCAAAUAUUAUGUCGUUAUUGUUAUGGUAAGAAUUGGAUUAAUGAGUUAUUUAUAUAUGAACAUUUAUUUGGAUCGCAUGGUAUUGUUACAAGACAAAAUAAUGAAAAGAUAAAUAUUAGAUUAUUACCAUUACCAGAAAGAUAUCAAAUAAUUAAAGUAAAUUCAAAAUUAGUUAAAAUUCAAGUAUUAUGUAGAGAGUGUCAAAGAUGGAUUCAAUUAAAUGAUACUAAUAAUAAUAAUUCGAAGAAGGAUUCAAUUGAAUAUAGGCAAUUACAUGGAAUUCGUGGAUUUUAUGAAAAUUAUUUUAGACAUUAUAUUUCAUGUAAAGAAAGUGAGCAUAAUCAAAUUCAUUUCAUUUCCAAAUGA